AUACAUUGGCUCCACUCCUGAUAAUAUGGAGAAAGUUGGAAAGCAAGAACCGGCUCUAAAGAAAAAGAGGGAAAGAUGUGUUUUUGUGGAUCAAGAUUAUAUAAAAGAGGGUGGAGUUGCCUAUGAUGGGGAUAAUAGUUCUAGUUCUAGUGAUGAUGAACCUGACCCGCAUUAUAUGACUUUCUUGGCUAAUGCUAAGCCAGAUGGAAAAUCAUUUGUUGUUAAAGUUAGUGAUCAGAAUGGUUUGCCCGUGUUCCUUAAGUAUGAGAAAGAGGAUGGAUUUGAUGAUGAGCGUCAAUAUGAUAGGGAGUUGGAGAUUCGUGGAGUUGAGAAGAAUCAGGAUAAUGUUAGGGAAAAUUACAAAUUGGGGAGUUCAAAAACUCUGAAGACUAAUGCGAGAAAGAAUAGGAGUACCUCCAUUGUUGAGAAGCAGAAGAUGAAAGAUGGGAUUUUGAGUAAGAAGCGAGGGAAGGAGGAUAGGGAUUUAGAUAAAAGGAAGCAAAGAGUUGAUGUUAAGAAGGAGAAGAAGACUCAGAAUGGUAGCAAAUUCAUGGACGCAGAAGUAAGAAUAGAACCUAAAGAAGAUUCUGAUGGACUUGAGGAGGGGAGUCCCCAAAGCGAAGUAGAAAUCCUUGAGAAUGUAGGUGCAGGGGGCAGGGGCAGUAGCUCUAACCCCUUUGUACCUUCAGUGAAACACUCCGAGAAUCUGGAGGAUGCGACAAUUAUAGAUUCUGGGUACAGGAAGGAGGUUCUGAAUUUAUUGAUGAGGCCCUACGAUGACGAGGAGUAUAAGAAGCUUUGGAAAGACAUUAAGAUGCAAAUACCAUCUAGCGAUAGUGAAACAAAUACACGUGGAAAAUCCCUUCUAGCACUCCAUAAAGGUGUCAAUCGGGAAAUCAAAAGGACCAAUCAUGACAAAGAUAAAAAGUUGAAUAUCAUGCGCGGAUUUUUCUUUUGGUUAGAGGUGAGGGCUAACGCUUCUUGCAUGUCCUUGGUAAAGAAUAGUAACUGUUUUUCUUUCUCUCCCUCCUUUUCAUCUGUAUUUUGUCCUUGUUUCAUCUCGUUGUUGCAAUCUUACAGGAAAACUGAUCUAUUUAAAUAUCUGAAUUGA